UUUAUAUAAAUUUAUCAGUAUAUAUAACGACUUUGCCCAUGCCCCGCCCGCCUUAUAAAGUCAAUUCUCUCUUUCCUGUCACCGUCUUUUGCCCCAACUUGCCGCCGAUCACCGCCGCCUCCGCCGUCUAGGACCCCAAAAUCCAGCUGGAAGUGCAAGAUGGACAUAAUAUCUCAAUUGCAGGAGCAAGUGAACACAAUAGCAGCUCUAUCGUUCAACACCUUCGGAACACUUCAAAGAGACGCACCUCCGGUUCAGUUAUCUCCAAAUUAUCCGGAGCCUCCGCCUGCAAAUUCCAAUGGUAAUGGAGUCGAGGAGUCGACCAAUCUCGCGGAGCAGCCCAAGAUUCUCAGUUCCGAACUGGUGAAAGCUGCCAAGCAGUUUGAUGCCUUAGUUGCGGCACUUCCACUAUCGGAAGGAGGCGAAGAGGCUCAGUUGAAAAGAAUUUCAGAACUUCAGGCUGAAAAUGACGCAAUUGGACAAGAACUUCAGAAGCAACUGGAAGCUGCAGAAAAGGAGCUUAGGCAGGUUCAGGAUUUGUUCAGCCAAGCAACAGAUAACUGCUUCAACUUAAAGAAGCCAGAUUGAUGUCAAUAAGAACCAACGAGUUCUUCAAUUGUAAGAAAUGUCGAAUCUUUUUUGUAUUUUUGGUAUAACUUGGUAUCUACUUAGUAGACAUUUUAACCAUGAUGCUACCUUAUUCUAUUUCUAUGCUUUUAUCAUGUGUCUUCUUGCAAUGUAUUCUAGUCCACCGUGGCUUAUGAGGAUUCACAAAUACUUUGAAAUUGGAUCAUAUUUAGGUAAUGUGCCUUGCAGUCUAAUCGACAGAUUUGACGCAGGUUUCACUUUUCUGGAAAAUUGUUUUUUUCUCUUCAUAAAAUUACUUGUCG